GACCACCGUUCUUCGUUCCCAGGGUUCCGUGAGAGCCGUUUGCCCCACCCCACCUCUUCAACGCUAUCUAUCUCAAUGUACAAUUCUCAGAGAAAAAAAGGGGGCAAAAAUAAUUCAGAGUAACACUGCAAAGAAACGAUUCUCCUCUCCCCGACCGGUUCAUCGGAGCAGACGCGGCCUCUCGCCGGUAAAAAAUAAAUGUCUCGCCGUCGGAUCAGUGAUUGAAAACACCGCGGUAUGUUCAUGUAUCAUGCACAUGUAACCAUAAUCUACCAUACGGAUUCAAAGGGAAUACAAAAAGCUGAGAGAGUUGACAGCGAGCUGUACCUGCGCCAAACGGGAAAAUAACGGAGGAUUUCCACGAAUAACACCUGGAUAUUGCGUUCUAUUCAAGGACAUCCAGCUGCCAGAAGCCACCUUUGCUCGCUCGGAGAAGCUUUCCGAUGUGAGGAGAAAUACAAAUUAACGUUAGAGAGAGAGAAGAAGGACGGAGAAGGGGCCUGUUUUUGGGUCUGGUCAAACCCUCCGAAAAAGCAAGCACCAGCAUCUGUUGACGGGGAGAGGAAAUAAUUUUGACAUCGAUUAAAAACUUAUUAAAAAAUUAUCGAUAAGGUUGCUAACAUCAACGACGACAACAUCCAGAAAACGGUGUAUAAUGUGACGGAUUUGAAAGACGGUUGUGAUAGAGAAAGAAGCCCCAGUGUAGCCUGAUGAUUCACAUGCCGUCAUUUUAAGAGGAAAUAUUUAUUUUUUAUUUUUUUUUUCACCCGCCCUCUGAUGAUCUUUGGUUAGGUGGAGAACGGAUUGCAAGCAAGCUAAAUAAUAACCUAAAAUAUAUGUUUAAAGGGGGGAAAAGGUCGAGGAAAAAAUAGAGCUUUGGUUGUGAGUGGAAAUGAAUUGAAUGGCAGUGUGAGAUAUCUGCCGAAGAUGGGCUCCGGAGGAGACAUUUGCUAAGAAAAUUAAACCCAAUACCGAGAAAAUCUAUAUUUUUAAAACAAAGGCCAGCGUUCAAAUACAAGAGCUUUAAGGAAACAGGACCACCGACGUUCAUUCAUGUACAGUUCAUGACUGGAAAUCUGACAUCCACACUCAUAUCAAUUUUGAUGACUUCAUUGCGGAUUUACAGUGAAAAAACACAAGAAUCAAGCAUCUGAGAGGGCGGCAUCGUUGCUCAGCUCCUUUUUGAGUGAUCUCUUGUUGUUAAAUUGCCAGUAAAUAGGCACAUCCACCCAUACAUAUUGUGCCAAAGCCUGGUGAAGCCCACCGACUACUACAGAACGGUUUUUACAUCUGUUUCAUCUGCAUCUGGCAACAUAAAUGUCACCCAUUUUGAGCCAGGUGUUCUUCUCUUGGGCCAGUCUGGGAAUUUAGGAUUGAUUGAUUUUUCUUCUAAUCAACACCCUCCCUCCCUUCUUCUUCCCUCCCUCCCUACACCCAAACCCACCCACCCAUCCAACCAACCACCCACCCUGCCUCCCCCCCUGAACCUGCCACUGGGUUUUUUGGGAAGAUGGGGUGUCUUGGCAAUAGUAAGACCGAAGACCAACGAAAUGAGGAGAAGGCACAGAGGGAAGCCAACAAAAAGAUAGAGAAGCAGCUCCAAAAAGACAAACAGAUAUACCGGGCAACUCAUCGGCUACUACUAUUAGGCGCCGGGGAAUCUGGGAAAAGCACGAUAGUCAAACAGAUGCGAAUAUUGCAUGUUAAUGGCUUCAACGCAGAGGAGAAAAAGCAGAAAAUUCACGAUAUUAAAAACAACAUUAAAGAAGCUAUAGAGACGAUUGUGGCAGCCAUGGCUACACUCACACCGCCAUGCCAGUUAGCCGUUCCUGCAAACCAGUCGCGAAUUGAUUACGUCCUGAACCAAUUUAACCAGAAGGAUUUUGAGUUUCCUUCGGAGUUUUAUGACCAUGCAAAGAUCCUCUGGCAGGACGAGGGUGUGCGGGCCUGCUGGGAAAGGUCCAAUGAAUAUCAACUCAUCGACUGCGCACAGUACUUCUUAGACAGGAUUGAGGUUGUCAGGCAGAAUGACUACACACCCACUGAUCAGGAUCUGUUGAGAUGCAGAGUACUGACAUCUGGUAUCUUCGAGACAAGAUUUCAGAUAGACAAAGUCAAUUUCCAUAUGUUUGAUGUUGGCGGUCAGAGGGAUGAACGUCGAAAAUGGAUCCAGUGUUUUAACGAUGUGACAGCUAUCAUCUUUGUGGUGGCAAGUAGCAGCUACAACAUGGUGAUCAGAGAAGACAAUCAGACCAACAGACUACAGGAGGCCCUCAACCUUUUCAAGAACAUUUGGAACAACAGGUGGCUACGGACCAUUUCGGUAAUCCUCUUCUUGAACAAACAGGACCUGCUCGCUGACAAGGUUUUGGCAGGGAAGUCUAAAAUUGAGGACUAUUUCCCGGAGUUUGCACGUUACACUACACCUGAUGAUGCAAUACCAGAGCCAGGUGAAGAUCCCCGUGUCACAAGGGCAAAGUACUUCAUUCGGGAUGAGUUUCUGAGGAUCAGCACAGCGAGUGGGGACGGACGCCAUUACUGUUACCCUCACUUCACCUGCGCAGUUGACACAGAAAACAUCCGCCGCGUUUUCAACGACUGUCGUGACAUCAUACAGAGGAUGCACCUACGGCAGUACGAGCUGUUGUGAUGGGCGGCGGCAUCCGGUCUACUUAUCUAACUACCUGCCUACCUACCUAUCCACCCCCCCAUGACCAGUUAGCCAAUCACCACCUCCACUUCCACCAAAUUCACCAAACAACUGAGCAAAAGAGCGAGCGACUGACCACCUGCCCUCCCCUCCAUACCAGUACAACUCCUUCUUCUCCAAGUAACAUGAUUUCAAAAAAACAGAACAGUGGACUUUUUUAGAAACAAAAAAAAAAUAAAGGAAAUACAGUAACGGAUACAACAACAAAAAUUCCAUCAACUACUAGCCAGGACUGACUGCUGUACUCGGCUACACUUUGACCCAGGACAGAGGGUCAAGACUGGACUCCCUCAGUGCAGGCUAUCCCUCCUUUUAGCUCUCUUUCCCUAUCUCAGAUAUAUGAACACAUACACACUCACAGGUACAAACACACUCUACAGCAUAAGACAUCCAGAACCCUGUGAUAGGUUUUAAUGUCUCAUAUCACAGUCUCUCUCUCUCUCUCUUUUUUCUCUGUUACAUACACACACACACACACACACACACACACACACACACAGACCCUUGUAAAACCAAGUCCUCCUGCUUUUAACAGUUGGCAAGGGCUGAACUGAAUAAUGAGAGCGAGGAGUUUAUUCACCGCGUGCUGAAGACGAAGAAGGAGGACAAGUGGAGAACGAUGAACUUGGAGGAUGGCAAACUGACACAGAGGAGGGCUGUGAGCCUUUUUGUGCCCGAACAGACGGACUAAUUGACUAACGGCUGCCUGUGGACGUGAGCGUGACUCGAACAUAAGACCACACGGCUCACAUGACUCACUUUUCAAGAAACCAUUUGAGGAGGGAUGGCAGACAACAACAACAACAAAAAAAUAAAGAAUGAAAAAUAAAUAUACAAGAAAAAUACCAUACAAUGCAUAAAUUCAUGCAUACCAGUGAACUUCAUGCAGUGCAAAAAAUCCAAGCUAUAUAUAUAGAUAUUUAUAUAUGUGUGUAUAUAAAUAUGUAUAUAUAUAAAUAUAUAUAAAUAUAAAUAUUAUAUAUUCCUGUAAUAACACAAUUCAACUUUUAAGUUUUAGUUUUUACCCCAUGUUGAGUGUUGGUGUACACUGUGUGUGUGCAAUCUGCCUUUGUGCACCAUUUAAACCCACACACACACACACACACACAUAUAUAUACACACACACAUAUACAUCCUCGCCCCCUGACCCUGCUGCUAUCUGGCAACUACUCAAUAUAUAGAAAAUAAAAGAGAGGUUUUAUUUAAUGAGGAAAAAAAAAACAAAGCAAAAGGAAAGCAUGAAGUAAAAGAAAUGACUUCAAGACUGGUUGCAACAUUUUUACCUGGGAACACACACAUACGCACACACGCUCCAGUCCUCAUCAGCCCCCUCCCUUUCCAUCCCCCCCCACCCCACCUUUCGUCUUAUUCUCUCACCUCUCCCAGUCCCACUUCCUCCUCUCCUGGCUUUAAGUACGUCUGUCUUUAUUUUACUGCUGGACUAUUAUUCUUGUACAGACUGUAAAAUGUAUUAUUUUGUACAACUUUAUUGAAGAAAAAAAAAUAACUUGUAGAAGAUCCCUGUGCCUUGAUCACGACUGUACGUGUAAAAAUGAGCUAAUAUGUAAGUUAUGUUUCACUGCGCUGUACAGCUGGACGGGUCUGCCCCACCUCGUCCGUGCUGGCUCAUCCCUCUGCUGGAGGCUGGGGGGGAGGGGCGUCGGUUCGAGGCGGAGGCCUUUCGUCUGUUGCUUAGUUUUCAUUUUUUCCCACAUUUGUUUGUUCAUUGAUUCAUUUGUUUUGCUUUGAAUCUCCUCUGGUUUAUAUAAUAGGAAUGGAAAAAAAAAUGAAGAAAAAAAGAUAAUCAGACACACCACCUUAAUGCUGUAUAGUGAAAGAUACUGAACCCUAACACAAUUUAAUAUAUAUAAAAUAUAUUUCAAAUUUUAUAUUUUAUAUAUAUGUACUGUACACUUAUAUCUAUCUCCCUUGUGAGCUGUCCCCCCAGGUUUUCUUUGCUUUCUGUCAGUAACACAUGCAUACAUUUUCAGAAGGUGGCGAUUCUGGGUGCAAUGGGAUGGGUAUUCAUUUCUUUUUUUAUUUUAGCUUUAACUCUUUUGAAGGAGAGGGAAAUAUCCAGUUGCAAAACAUUGCUUGUUUCUACAUAAACCAAAUUCUUUUUGCUUAAACAAGAAGAAA